AUGGCAGGUGGAGUUUCUAAUGAAGAGGUUGGAGGAAAAUUAUGGAUUAUGUGGUCUCAAGGAGUCCUUGUGUCGGUGGUUCAGUCCACUAAUCAGUUUAUUACUGUCAAUAUGACAGUUAAUAAUAGAUGUGUUUGCAUUUCUUUUGUUUAUGCAAAAUGCCUACAAAUGGAUCGGAGGGAGCUUUGGAACUCUUUGUCGUCUGGAAUUGUUGACUCUCAGCCAUGGAUAGUUGUGGGGGACUUUAAUGUCAUAAGAAAUGAUCAAGAGAGAAGAGGAGGUCGGCCAAGACCUUUUUCAGCAAUGGAAGCUUUUAACAAAUUUAUAGAUACAGCUGGAUUGUCGGAACUAAGGUUUGAGGGGAAUCAAUUUUCAUGGUGUAAUAAUCAACAGGGAAGUGCGAGGAGAUGGGCUCGAUUAGAUCGAACCUUGACUAGUGUAGAGUGCAUUACGAUGUUUCCUGAAGCCUACAUGCAGUAUUUACCACGUACUACAUCAGAUCAUGCGCCAAUUCUAAUCAAAUUGGAAGCUGAAUCUGUGUCGUAUGGGUACCCGGCCUUUAAAUUUCACCAAACGUGGGUUACGCAUGACUCGUUUCUGGAUUGUGUUGCUAACGCCUGGGAGGAUGGGAUUGCGGAUCAUGGGAUGGCUAGACUGGCCAGGAAGUUAAAGAAACUUAAACAAAUUCUUCAAAUAUGGAACCGAGAAGUCUUUGGUAAUACAGGUCAAAAUAUCCAGCAUUUAGAAGAUAGAUUGUCUCGGCUGGAGAUAAAACUGCAGGAAGGAAAUAAUGAUGAGGAUGAACAAGAUUAUUUAGUGGCAAAAUCAGAAUUGGAUCUGUGGCAAGAUAGGGAAGAAAUAAGGCUGCAACAGCAAGCUAAACAGACUUGGCUUAAGAAAG